AUGUCUUCAUUAUGGCCCUGGAUCCGCCUGCCUUUCUACCUUGCUUCGGCUACUGUCAGCCUCGGUGGUGGUGCACUGUACUACUUUCAGAAUGAGAUCAUCUAUCCCAGGAAUCUGCCUCCAGGAACCAGGACUGAAGUGCCCAGACCUCAUGAAUUUGGAAUCGAGGAGUCAGAGGAGAUCUCGAUUACGACCCCUGAUGGCGAGACACUCAGUGGCUUUCUCGUCAAACCGCCGAACAGAUCGCAGGCACGACCAAUCACCAUCUUGAGCUUCCACGGCAACGCAGGCAACAUUGGCCAUCGAUUACCCAUCGCCAAAGUGUUGGCAGAGCAGAUGCAAUGUACUACCUUGAUGCUUGAAUACCGCGGCUACGGUCUGAGCACAGGCAGUCCGAACGAGAAAGGUUUAGCCAUCGAUGCACAGACUGGACUCGACUACCUACGCAACCGCGAGGAUCUCAAGGGUAACAAGAUAGUCAUCUACGGCCAAAGUCUCGGAGGUGCGGUCGGUAUCGAUUUGGUUUCCAAGAACAAAGGCACUGGCGAUAUCAAGGGUCUCAUCCUGGAAAACACAUUCCUCAGCAUUGCGAAGAUGAUACCUAAAGCUGUCCCAAUCGCAAAGUACAUGACGCCGCUAUGCCACGAGUACUGGAGGAGUGAAGAGAUGAUUCCACAGAUCACUGAUGCACCAGUGUUAUUCCUCAGUGGUCUCAAAGACGAGAUCGUACCGCCUUUGCACAUGAAGGAGCUCUUCAAACUAUGCCGCUCACAGAAGGUUAUGUGGAGAGAGCUCCCAAAUGGUGAUCACAACAACACCGUAGGCGAGCCCGGCUACUUUCACCACAUCGAGGACUUUUUGCAGAAAUACCUUUUAUGA